AGAAAAUGUCAGCUUGGCAUUUUAUCAAACACUUUCCGUGCACGAAUCUCUCCCGCCAUAUCCUCAGAGUCAAACCCCGCCGAUGCUUCACUUCCUCUACUCCUCCAUCCUCCUUUUCAAUUUCUGCGUCUCUCUCUACAUCAGAGUCUUUCGCUGCAGCACCUUACCUCUCAGUUCGAAUCCACUGCCCAAAACAUAUCGUCGAUCCUUUCUCGGAGGCUUUGUUGUGUUUUGGAGCCAGCUCAGUAGCUGUAGAUGAAUACGACGAAGAAGAAGAAGAAGAAGAAGAAGAUGUGACUUCUGAGUCUUCUCUUGCUUCCAGAGAGAUAUGUAUAGAAUCAAUAUUUCCAGUGCACGAGGAGGUGAAAAUGUGCAUCUCACAGGCUGCAAAUUCGAUAGGCUUGAAAGAGAUACCUAAAUUCAAUGUUGAAUUGGGUGAUGAACAGGACUGGAUAACCAAAAACCAGGAAUUGUUCCAGCCUGUUGAAAUUGCUGAGAGGCUUUGGAUCGUACCUGAGUGGACAUCUCCUCCUGUCGCAGAAGCAGUAAACAUCAUUCUGAAUCCUGGACUUGCGUUUGGGACAGGAGAACAUCCUACUACUAAGCUGUGUCUAUUGCUUCUUCAAAGUUUGAUAAAAGGCGGAGAGGCAUUCCUCGACUACGGUACUGGUUCAGGAAUACUGGCAAUCGCAGCCCUCAAGUUUGGUGCUGCAUCAUCUGCUGGUGUUGAUAUUGAUCCACUGGCAAUAAAAUCUGCAAACCAUAAUGCAGCUCUAAACAACAUUCCAUUGGAGAAACUGGAGCUGCACCUUGCACCACCAAGUGAUAAUAGCUCCUGUGGAACAGAGAUACCAUUGCCAAAAGAACAGUUUGAUGUGGUCAUUGCAAACAUACUCUUGAACCCGGUUAUGGAACUGGCAGACCAUAUCAUUUCAUUUGCCAAACCCGGGGCGACCAUUGGCAUUUCUGGAAUCCUCUCUGAACAGCUUCCAAUGGUAAAAGAACGGUACUCUCCCUUCUUGGAGGACAUAUCUGUAGCCACAAUAGGUGAUUGGGUUUGCAUGAGCGGCACCAAGAAAAAGAGUUGA